UUGACCAUAUACGUUUUAUAUGAAGAUCAUCAGCGUAUGAUCCCAAAGACUUCUUUAGCAGUUUUAGAUGUCAUGUCCGAGUUUGAUCAUCCUAAUUCCUCCAAAGUUUGAUCGUCGUUCAAUUCAACCCAUCAGAGAUAUCUGGAUAUCACACUACAUUUAAUAAUGGCUCACAAGCCAAUUGAAAUCCCCGCCGAGGUGCACAUCAUGAGGAAGAAAGACGAAAUCACCAGGAGAGAAAUACAAGACAUUCUGAAGGCCGUCAGCGCCAUCUCAAAUGUCCAGAGACGCGGAACGAUCAAAAUGAAAAACCUUCAAAGCCAAGGAUGGACUAAGAAAAGCGGACAUGAAAACGUGACGGCGAAACACCUGGAUCAGUGGAAGAAAAUUGUCAGUCAGGAGGCACUGAGACUCCUACCCCAAGAAUGCAUGAGCAUAUUUGAAUUCUGUAGCAAUGCACAAGACGCAGAAUUCCUUUACUGUCACGUGACACCGGCUCCUAGGCCAAUCACUGUUGAGUAUAAGCUUCACGUGCCGUCAGUUUCCGGUAAACGAGUUGUGAGGGACUUUGAUGGGGCUCUGGCUGUUCUGUUACGCACUGCGGACGACACAUGGCCAGGGCGGGGAGCUAAGUCACCAGCCGACAAAGACUAUGCCUCUGUGGAUGGUAGUUCUGCCUCCUCCGAGGCCAACUCGACCGAACCGGCGGAACCGACUAUUAGACUAAGACUGACUGAAGUUAAUGCACAGGGCAAAGGAAAAGGUAAAGACGUGCCUCACGAAGAUAGGCAGUUAACAGAGAUCAUUGAAGGCGGGAUAUCAAGUCAUAUCAGCGCUCUGGCAAAUAAAAAUGGAGGUAGCAUCAUCAUCGAAGAUGCGGACAGUGUCUGCCAGAUAGUUGAUGGGAGGAUUGGUGAGAAGGACCAAGACUCCAUCGUUAACUGUCUUGAAGAAUGCUGCAAGAAGAAGAUCUGGGGGAGGGAGAGAGUACCCCCCAAGAGAGGAGAGCAGUGGGAUGUCUGCUUCCCAAUCGUUAAUCAAGAUAACAUCCUUUUCACCAUCCGUGUGUAUGUUUUCUAUGGUGGAGUCUUCGAGGAGGAACCCGUCGCUUAUACUCUAAAACAAAAUGCCGACGACUCGUAUGAAGUAGUCAGGAUGGAGUUUGAAGACUGGUACAAGGCCAUGGUGAAACAACACGAAGAAAAAGAGCAAGAUUACAAUGACACAGAGAAGAGGCUUGAAGAGAUCAAGGCGAAAGGUUCCAAUCCACACUGCGUAUCCAAUGACAACACAUCGUCCGAGCCGCAUCUACUACCGACGGCUGAAGGAGGCUCCUUCGAAUGA